AAUUAAAAACCAAAAACGAUCCCCAAAAAAUCCUUUGGCACUGGCGGUGCGCGUACGACGUUCCAUCCCAUCCCCAUUUAUAAAUGCACAAGAAAGCUGCAGCGUCAAUUCGUGGCCUUGAAGUUCGCCAGCGCUCGGUCGUGAUUCCCCCCCUUCAGAUCCAAAUCUCGCAGUCAAACCGAAAACUCCAUUCCUUCUGCACGAGAAAAGACGCCCCAACUCACGCCCCCUUCGAUCCCAAGCGACUGUGAUCUUUCCCAAUUUUGAGUGCGUGUAAAGCACCUUUUUUCUCUCCCCCCCAGAAUCUUGAUUCGCCUUAAAGCAUCCCCAUUUGCCCACGCGGUUUGCUUCUCUUUAAGUCCUGUAUACUUUGGUUGGAUAUACAGGGUAAAGUUUGUCGUCAUCUGGGCGAAUAAUCUCGAGAUUGAAGAGUAUUCAAGAUGUUUAGGCUUUCACCUCGCAGAAGCCAGAGGUCAAAAGGCUUCAAGGUUAAGCAUGCUUUGCAGAUCCUCCUUCUGGUGGGCAUCUGCAUCUGGCUUCUGUACCAAGUGAGGCAUUCACAGAAUAAGAAGGCGGAGUAUGACCGAGGUGCAAAAGCAGCAAACGAUAUUGUGAAAUUUGGUAGAAAAGAUCUCAAUCCUCAAGUGGAGGAAACUCCUGUUAAAGACGUCGGCAAUAAGGAGGAUGAAGAAGAGGACGAAAAUAGGAAUGAUGAAGAUCAAAGCAAGUCCGAAGAGAGUCUUGGCUUAGGAGGUAAUAGUAAUGACGAGAUUCAAGAGCAUCAAGAUCAAUCUGGGGUUGGAUCUGAGAAUAGAGAGGAUUCCUCGGAUGCUGAGAAGGCGAGCGAGGAAAGGACGGAGGAUGUCAAUGAAGUGAGCAAAGAGAAAGAAGACGCUGAACCCCAAGACAGGAAGGAUGAGAUGGAAGGUGGGGAAAAGGUGAAUGGUGAGGUUGCAGAAAACAACAGUGCUGCAGAGGAAAGUGUAGAGGAUGGCCAACAAAAGGAAAGUAAAGAGGAAGGGGAAGGUAAAGAAAACCAGACCGAAGAGGGCAAAAUUGAAGAAGUGAGUUCUUCAGAUAAUCAGGUUGAUGAUGGAAAUGGAGAGCAUAAUGCGGGAGCAAGGGAGGAACACUACAAAGGGGAUGAUGCUUCCAGCGCAGUUGCGCAUGAAUCUGAUAAUGCGGCAACCAGUGACAAGCAAGAUAAUUUGGAACAUUCUGACAAGCAAGAGAAGUCAGAACAUGAAGAAAAAAAGUAUGAAGAGAAUAAAUCAGAUACCUCUGAAGGUGCUGAGGAUCAUCAAAUUGAAACAGUUCGGCUCAGUGAAAAUAAUACCACUGAGAAUACAGUUUCUUCCGAUGCAGAAGUCCAAAAGGAGGGUUCAGCUGAUGGUAAUCAGGAGGAUUCAAAGGACAAUACCCACCAUAUCUCCAGUGAAGCAAGAGAAUCUGAUGAAGUGAAGACAGAAACAACAGAAUUGGCACAGCAGGACAAUACAGAAUUCAAAGAAACAACCGGACAAGACAGUGCUGCCCAACAAAAUGAAGAAACAAAUCAUAAAGAAUCUAAUCAAGAGUCUACCCAGCAAGAUGUACAGUCUGAGAAAACUGAUUCUGGGGCCGGCAAUGAGCAUUCCAGUUCUGGAGCAACGCCUUCCACUACAAGUGAUGAUGGAGUGGGUGGUGCGACAGGACAAGAUACUGCUGCCCAACAAAAUGAAGAUACUAUUCAUAAAGAAUUUAAUGAAGAUUCUACCCAACAAGAUGUACAGUCUGAGAAAGCCGAUUCAGGGGCUAGUGAUGAGCAUUCCACUUCUGAAGCGACCCCUUCCACUACAAGCGAUAAUGAAGGUGGAGAUAAUGGUGGAUUUGCCGAUUCUUCUGGAAAUUCUGAACAAACUGUUGAAAACAAUGGAUCAGAGGAGAAAAAGGACAGUGCUCAAGGUGAAAAAGCCCAAGAUAGUGUUGAAACGGAAAAAGUACAGGAGAAUGUUAUGACAUUGAAACAAGACGAGAAUUCAGAUGGCAGUGCCAAGGAAGGUGGUGAUUCUUCGGAUUCCUCAACUCAGCAAGGGAACAAUGGAUCCUUGGACAACAAUAAUGCUGAAACAGGCCAGAGUGAGAAUGCCACCAAUGAUCAGAGCAAUGCUGAUGAAAAUGCGAAACCAAAGGACAAUACAGGUGCUGGCCAAACGGAAGAAGUUAGCUCUAGCGAUUCUGCGAACCAUCAAGAGAAUAAUGAUGCAUCCUCGAACAUGAAUGAUAACAACAAUGCUGGCUCUAAUGGCAAUGGUGAUGCUGGUCAGCAAAAUUCCUCAACCUCUGAAGAACAGAAAGAAACAGAGACAAACACUAAUAGUGGUGCUGAUGCGGCCCAGACCAAUUUGGUUGAUCCAUCAAUCUCUCAGGAAAUGAAAGAGACCCGGACAGAUUUGGAGACCCUACCUGACACGGGGAAUGAAGGUACUAACAGUAAGGAUGCAGCAGCAGAGUGAGGUCAAGUUUCCUGUUAAGUUGGGUUCUGUCUAUUGAUUCUAUUCUAGGCGAUCGCUUUUGUAUUACUAUUUUUUUAAGGUUGGUCGAGCAACUGUAAGGUUCUUUGUACGUUUUUGUUUUUGUGCCUUGUGGAUGCAAUGUGAUAUGAUUACCAUGUCUCUUUGUAACUCUAGUUUGAGGAAGUUAGGAAAAGUUCGCAAUAAUCUGCGAUAUCAAUGCUAUAAUCUUUGUUUGUCAUUGGUACUUUCUGAGGUUUCUCAUAAGUUUGUGCACCUUAUUUUGAGUCCUGAAACUUGUAUAAAUCAAAACGUAUUUAGUGCAAGGCACCUCCGUUGCCAACUUGCCGGGAAAA